ACAUAUUUCAUCGAAGCCAAAUGAAGAAGCACAUUGAGAGAUCGUUCAAACGAUAUCUGCAUGCCCCUAGCGAAGGUAAUGUGUGGGGACGGGAUAGCUGAGCUCCAGGAGUGCGGAUCAACCGAGGCAUAGAGCCCGAUAAUGAUAAACGGAUCAAAAAGAUGGCUGAAAUGGCCGAGCAAAACACUGCAUUGUCUUGGAAGGGGGUCUGCGGGCCGGGGAUCCCCCUGUUUCCGUUCCAUGCCCGCGCUGCUAUCCCUUCUGCAAACAAGAAGGCUUUUGCCAAGGCAGUAAGUUGCCAAUGGUAGUAGAAUCAAUUCCUCAGAUGAACACGUCUCUUCCUAUGCGUCAGGAUAGCGAUAGGGCGUCGGCGUAUUUACCGCUGGUACAUAGCUAAAUCAGCUGCAGUUGAAUUCCCAUGAACAUUUGUGUCUA